AUGGACAAAAUCAGUCGACUGCCGGAUGAAUUAUUGGUGAAGAUACUAUCGUUUCUUCCAACAAAAGUUGCUGUCUCCACUAGCAUCUUGUCCAAACAAUGGGACCUUCUCUGGAUGUGGUUACCUAAACUGGACUACAGUACUAGAAAGUAUUCAGAGUCAGAAUGCACGAGGUUACGGGGAAAAUGUUUUCUUAACAAGAAUCUGCCAUUACACAGAGCUCCGAUUAUAGAAAGCUUCAGCCUCGAUUUUCUUGCUUCACAAUUCAAACCCGUGACAAUUAGAUCAUGGCUUCUAACCGCAGUUUCACGCAACCUACGAGAGGUGGAGGUUUCUCAUGGUUGUAAUAAUAAGGUGCUCAACAUGUUGCCAAGUAGCUUGUAUACUUGUAAAUCACUCGUGUCCUUGAAACUCAAUGGAAGAAGGCUUCUAGUGGAUGUUCCUCGUAUGGUUUCUCUCCCUUGUCUGAAAACUUUUCUGCUUCAAGAUGUGAAGUACAAGAAUGAAGAUUCUCUUCAGCGGCUUCUAUCUAAUUGCCCUGUUCUUGAAGAUCUAGUGGUGGAAGGAUGCAAAGGUGACAAUAUGGUAAAGUUCAUUGUUAUCGUCCCCUCGUUGCAACGUUUAACAGUCAAUAUACUUGAGGAUCUAGAUGAGUUUGUGAUGAAUACUCCUUCUUUGAAAUACUUCAAACUUGACUACUAUAAUUACAAGAAUCACCACUGUUUGAUUAAGCGUAUGCCUAAGCUGGAGGAGGCAUAUGUAGAACUUAGCUUUAAUCCUGUUUAUAUUGAUAGGUUUAUCCGAUCAAUCACUUCUGUCAAACGUCUGACGUUAUGCAUAGAUGAUGUGUAUGGUGAUGGUUUUGUCUUCGACCAGCUUGAACAUCUGCAACUAUGCACAUGCGAUGAACAACAUACGUCGGGUGCGGUGAUUGUCCGGUUGCUCAAAGAUUCACCUAACUUACGAGUACUAGACCUAUUCAAAAUGGAAUAUCAUAACCCUAUUGGUCUGUAUACUUGGAAUCAACCAAGUACUGUUCCGGAAUGUAUUUUGUCGAGUCUACAAACUUUCAAGUGUUCAGGAUACUCGGGAAGACCAGGAGAAAGAGAUCUUGUGAUUUAUAUAUUAAAAAAUGCUAAUCACUUGAAGACUGCAACAAUCUGGUUUCCGACGGUUGACAUGAAAAAAGAGUUGGUUCUUUCUUCUCGAGCUUCAAACGCAUGCCAACUUGUAUUUGAUUGA